GCCGCCGCCGCCUCACCCCGGGCGCCGGGCCCGGCCUUGCCAAACCGUGGGUCCGCCCCCGCCCCCGGGUCCCGCUCCGCCUCCCCCGGCGGCUCCUCCCAGCGCGGGCAAGCGGCGGAGGAGGUGGUGGAGGUGGGAGGUUUCCCGCCGAGGCGGCGGGGUGAGGCCUGCGGGAGGGCGGGGGGCUUGAGGCACUGAGGAGAAGCGGGGGCUCUCCCCCGGAGGCGCCGGGAAAGCCGAACCGCAGGGGUCGGUGCUGGGGCUGGGUUUUCCCCCUGGGCGGUGUGUCACCCCCCGGCGGCUCUCGGUUCUCCUUUCCCCGGUCGGUGGGUUCAGGGGAGGGCAGGGGCCCGGCCCGGUCACCGAGUUUCCCUCAGGCGGCGGGGGAGAAGCCGGCGGAGGCUCCGGAAAGAUGCAGUUCUUGGGCCGGCUGGUGAACACCAUCAACACCGUCACGCAUAUAUUCACGAACCCGUACCGGGUGAAGGAGGUGUCGGCUGCCGAGUACGCGGCUCACACCUGCCUGAGGAAGGAGGGCAGGGUGGCCCUGUAUAAGAACAGCCUCGCUCGCUCCUGGGAUUGCCUGCUGGUGAAUCCCCAGAGCCCGCUGGUCGCUUUCCGGCUUUUCCAACUCGACAACGAAGCAGACGCCCUCUUGCUUUUUGAGCAAUAUGCUGGGAAGCUGCGCCCUUUCUAUGAGAGCUUGUGCCAGCCCUUGUCUCUAGAGGAUCUCCAGCAGCUCAGUGACUGCUUCCGCAACCACCCCAGCUGGUCCUCGGCACACGUUGCGGUGGAGUUUGGGCGUCGCGAGACCUUCCGGCACAACCACGUUCAGAGCUGCGUGAACAGCACGGACAGUGAGGAUGGCUGCACCCCGCUGCACCUGGCGUGCCGCAAGGGAGACAUGGAGUGCCUGCUGGAGCUGCUGGAGUGCCACGCGCGGGUGGACGUCACCGACAGGAACGGGGAGACCGUUUUCCAUUACGCUGUGCGAGGGAACAGCCCCCAGAUCAUCGAGCUCCUGGGCAAAACCCCGACUACUGGCUUGGACCACGUGAGCCAUGAAGGGAUGACUGCUCUGCAUCUUGCUUGUCAGCUGGGCAAGGAGGACAUGGUCCGGUCUCUGCUGAAAAGCCAUGCCAGCUGCAGAGUCAUGGGGACGCUGGGCUACCCCAUCCACACAGCACUGAAGUUCUCCCAAAAGGGGUGUGCCCAGGCCAUCCUCGAGGUGGAUGCCAGCCAGGUUCGCUCCAAGGACCCGCGCUAUGAAGCUACUCCGCUGCACUGGGCGAAGAAGCCAGAGAUGACACGGCUGCUGCUGGAGUAUGGCUCCGAGGUGAAUGUGACCAGCCGGACGGCUGACAUGGCUCUGCACAUCGCAGUGAAGAGGGGACGCUUCGACUGCGCCAUGGUGCUGCUGACACACGGGGCACACACCAAUGCCAGGGGUCAGGAUGGCAACACGCCGCUGCACCUGGCCAUGAAGCAUGACCACCUGGAUAUGAUCAAAGCCAUCGUCGUGUUUGGAGGAGAUGUCGAGAUCCCCAAUGAUUUCGGGGAGACACCGGGGCUGUUGGCAGCCAGGAGCAGCAAAGGUGCGAACCGGAAAGUGCUCUUAGACCUGCUGCAAACCGUAGGGACCGAACGCUGCCACCCACCCAACCCUGACUCCCCCAGCCUGCCACCAUCUGCCGCCUUAUUCCUGGAAGGCCCACCUUCCUCGCGGAGCAGCUUCGACAGCUUAGGAUACAAGGACCUUCUGUAUGUUUCCACAGCGCUUGGACAGUUUUUGAAGGCACCAGAUGCUGUGGACUCACCCAGUGACGGUAGAAGAAAUCACGACCGCCUCCUGUGCCUGGAUGGAGGGGGCAUCCGGGGACUGGUGCUCAUCCAGCUCCUCCUGGCUAUCGAAAAGGCUGCGGGCCGCCCCAUCCGUGAGAUUUUUGACUGGAUCGCGGGGACCAGCACUGGGGGAAUCUUGGCCUUGGCUAUUGUACACGGGAAGUCCAUGGACUACAUGCGCUGCCUGUACUUCCGCAUGAAGGACAUGGUGUUCCGGGGUUCUCGGCCCUACGAGUCGGAGCCCCUGGAUGAGUUCUUGAAGAAGGAGUUUGGGGAAAACACCAAAAUGACAGAUGUCCGAAAACCCAAGGUUAUGGUGACGGGGACAUUGUGUGACCGGCAGCCAGCUGAGCUCCACCUUUUCCGGAAUUACCCUGUACCAGAGACAAAAACCUCCACUGAAUACAAGACAAGCGCAUCUUUCAAACCACUCACUCAGCCAGAAGACCAACUCGUGUGGCGUGCUGCCCGCUGCAGCGGCGCCGCUCCCACUUAUUUCCGGCCCAUAGGCCGCUUUCUGGAUGGCGGGCUGCUGGCCAACAACCCGACCCUCGAUGCCAUGGCGGAGAUCCACGAGUACAACAAGACGCUGAUCAAAAAGGGUCAGAGGCAGGAAGUAAGAAAAUUGGGGUUGGUGGUCUCCCUGGGGACAGGGAAGCCUCCGCAGGUCCCGGUGAGCUCUGUGGAUGUUUUUCGUCCCUCCAACCCUUGGGAGCUGGCGAAGACAGUCUUUGGGGCCAGGGAGCUUGGCAAGAUGGUGGUGGAUUGUUGCACUGACGCAGAUGGCCCAGCUGUGGAUCGUGCCAGGGCCUGGUGCGAGAUGACGGAUGUCCCAUAUUUCCGGCUCAGCCCUCAGUUGCACACGGAGGUGAUGCUGGAUGAGGUGAAUGACACCGUGCUGGUGAACGCUCUCUGGGAUACCCAGCUUUACAUCUACCAGCAGCGGGAGCAGUUUGAGCAGCUGGUGCAACAUCUCUGCCGAUGACUGACCUGGAGGUUCCUGUUCAGCAUCCCCAUGGCAAGGAGCAGGAGACGCUGAAAUGGCUUGGAUUUGCCCUUGAAGCAAGAUGUUGAGGUGGGGGAGGGACUACUACUACUGCUACUAAUGAGGAAUUAAUGAUAUUUAAUAGACGACAGCACACAUACGCACAUAUUCCAGGGCACACCCAUAUAUUCCCAGACAGCUGUGAAAUGCCGACAGAUGUUUUCAUACUGUAGCCCCAUCUCUGCUGCUGUGCUUGGUUUUGCUGCCCUGCUUUCUGACCGUACAGCCCCUCCCAGAAGCCAGAGCCCCCACCUACCUCUCUUGAGCUGUAGCAGAUGGAGUGUGUCUCCUGCCUGUGCAGCACCUCCACUGACAAAGCACCGUGCACCUUCUCACGUCACAGAAUGGGCCCAGGCCAGGUAAAGCUUCAGAGGUGACUUGACCCGCUGGGGCCAAGGUGUUUCAAAGUGUGUAGCACAGGGAAAAGGGAUUAUUCUUCCCUCAACAUGCCCAGUUUGAAGGGGAGCAGAAAUGCUGCAACUUUUCCACAGUAGAUGUGACGCAGAAUGUUGCGACUGGCCUUGGGAGAAGGGGGAACCUUUCCUGAACUUUGUCUUCUGUAGCACCUUCCCCGUUCCCUUCCGAGAUGGGCUGGCGACACAGGUACAGACUGCGCCCAGGGUGAGAGCAAACCCCCCCCAGAGACUGUUUUGUGCCUCCUGACUUGCUGUGCUGCUUUUUGCUCAAGGGCUGAGAUGUGAAAGCCCAUCUUUAUGCACAGCAAGCUCAAGAUGAGGGACCUGCCAAGCCUUGGCUUGGUAGAGGUACUGUUUCUCUUAAUGUGAAAUUGACAUGCUCUGAAAUCAGUUCCCACCAAAGAAGCUGACCCUGUGACAAUUUGGAUUUACCUUUUUACCUCUGGAAAUCCCCUUGUGAAUGCUGCACUCUUCAAUGUUUCUGCAGUAAAUUUUGCAUAUUUAUAAAUAAUUUAUGUAUCUAUUUGGAGGUGUUUUGAGGAAUAACCUGGAAAACUGAAUUCUUAAUUGUUUGCUUUUGACUGGAUGGACUGCUGUUGUGAACAGCGCUUCUAUGCAAGACUAACAUGACCUGAAAUAAAGAGGGGGUUGGCUUUGGUUCCACUGUCAUGCA